AUGGAGAAUUUUACUCGUCCAGCUGACAUCCACAGAACUCGGAAGCGGCAGAAUACGGGCACGGGCGCUGGGCCGAAACGAAAACGUCACUGCUUGAGCUUGAACCAACAGCGAUUUGAUACUGAUAAGGAAGAUCGUGUGUCGGGAACAGUGUCCAAGCCUGGGCGUGCAAACCGGCAGGAUCCAAGCUCUUCGUCACAGUCCAACGUAUCGCCAGACUUUGCUCAGCAACCUAGACACCCCAAGUCAGACAAUGCCACUUCUAGUGGCACUUACACAGGGGGUGUGUAUCCUGGUGGGAGUGCCAAUGUUGUGAACGUUCAGGGCCUGGGGAGUCCUCCUCAGGAGCUUUCAUCACCCGAACUUCCUCUCUCAAUAUCAUCUGGACAAGCAAAUCCACGCCAUGGAAGUCACGGUACUCCUCUGCAUACGACACUCUCAUCCGGACACGGAUUAAGCCCCGAGAGUUCAGCUCCAGACUCCGAUUGCAGCUCUAGCGAGUCCUCGGGUCCUGCUUCUGGACAACCUUCGAGUCAGACACUCCAGAGCCAGCCCCCACCAGAAGUAUCUCUUCUGGACAAAGGUACUUGUUCUCAUACUUCUUCAAAUGAACAAGCUUCUUGUUCAGUCAAUGGCAACCAGUUAAUCUCUCCACCUGGUGACGAUGCGGGCCGCCUACAGACGGACAGGACAGAGCUGGGGUUGGACUUGCCCUUGAGGAGGGGUGCGGAAGAUGUUCCUGGCUCUUUAUUCUCUCCGGAUACGCUGGGAGACUCCCCGAGUCAAGAAGUCCAAGCUCAGGUUGGCCUCGGUCGGAACUCUGAUGAUGACGACGACUCAGAUCACUCAGACACCCUUGACCAGUUAGAGAACAAUUUCAAUGAUUUGCUGUCUCUCGAUCCUGGAAGGCCCAUCACUGGUUCGCGCUCAAGAGAUGAGGCCAUUGCUAGUAGAUUUCAAGAUGAGGAUUCGGAUCUUGAAGUUUGGGCGGUUGCUGAAGAUGUCCCUACGCCGGAUACAGGUCAUGAUAAUGUUAGCCGCCCAGGAACCCCCCCGAAUGGCAUUGGACGCACCCUCGCCACUGCGCACUCCCCAGAACCCAAUCAUUCCUUUGCAACAAGCGAUGAAGACGAUACUGAAAGUGUUGACGGCACAUGUUGCAGUUUCAGUGGGAGCAGUGGAGUAGAUGAUGAUGCACGGAUUGUCCAGCCGGAAGAUCGAGAAGGUAAUGAAGAGUCCGAUGUAGACAAUGAUCUUCUUAGACAAUUAGACGAAAUUUUAGGCGAUCACUCGGACCCGGACUGCUUCGAGACACAUGCUGGUCCCUCGGCCGUGUCCAGUCGGGAGCACCGUAUUCAGUCCUCUUCAGACAACGAUGAUUCAGAUGAAGAGGCCAGUCCCCAGAACGAGUCAAGCGACGACGGCGAGGUGUCGGAAGAAGAGAUUGGGUAUAUCUCGGACUCUCGCGACACUAAUGUUGAAAUCGAAGACGAAACAGGGUCGCCUAUUUUGGAUAUUCCAUCAUCUUCAACAAACAGCAUCGUUUCCCCAAGCGAAACAACUAGCUCUGGAAAACGUCCCCUCACAUUGGAGGAACAUGAGGUUGUACGGUUCACACGAGAGAUCAGCGCCUGUGUUCGUUGUCGGUUCCAGAAAAUCAAAUGCCUUAUAGACGAGCAGAACCCAGAAGGACAAUGCAAAACAUGCAAGAAUGUCUCCAAGUCGUCGCCAAAGACAAUCCAUCGCGUUCCAUGCUCGCGACUCCGAAUUGCCGACGUCGUUCUUUAUCGAAGCGGCGGGCUCAAACUCACGAGACGAUGGGCGGGCAUCGAAAUGCGAGAUAUUGGGGAUCGACUCGAUACAGUUGCUGUCACGAUUGAAGUCUCACAGAAUCUUUGUGGUAAACCUCUUCGCAUGAACGUUGUGCGAUUCAGACCCAUCGACGGGGACGUGACUGCCCGAUAUUGGACUGACGGCCUUCUCGGGAAGGAGACGUUCAAGAAGAAGGAACUGGCCAACUACUGCCUGGAAAACAUCUACGACACGGCCGAAAGCGUUCGACAAUACACAAUCGACAAUGCUCUCCCAGCCUUUUAUCACACUAUCCAAGAGGAGAGUGAAUCAGAAGCUGGAGAAGGGCCCAUCACCAGAACGUACCUCACGGCCGUGGCUCGCUAUUUGGACCUCCACAAUGAACACAAAUCCAGCGGAAGUCUCUCGAGGGACGAUGAAAAAGAGCUUGAGAUAUUUGGAAACCUUUUUAUCCUCUGGUGCGCCAUCCAGCACACUGUAGGCUCUCUCUACAUCGAAGGCAACGAAACUCUAGGCAUGCUCCCCGAAACCGAAGACAAAUCCUACCCUCUUUACGGCAAAGUGUCGGUCCCUCGCAUGGUAGUCGCCCAAUUCGACACCCUCAAUUAUAAUGAGGUCCUCGAGCGGUACAAGGAGAAGCUCCUACGCGAUAUCGAUUGGCUAUUCAGCCAGGAUAAGAAUCGAUGGUGGUUCACAAUCUACCUCGUCGUCUUCAUACUACUACGCGAAGCGAGUCGCAUGACAGCAGAUCGGUACCGGCAUGCAAGAGCUAACUAUGGAUCAAGUUUGCGAUACUCAAUCCCAGACUUUGUCGAGGGACUCCAUGUCAGCUGCAAUAAUAUUCUCAUCCACUGGCAUUACUACAACUACGAUCAGUGGCCGACUACUCGGUCGUCAGGCCUCACUAAUGGUGAACGAAGAAAUGACCACUUUGAGACUCUGGCACCCAAGGAUCGGCGCCUCGUGAAACAGAAUCUCAAGGACCCAGCGGUAAAGAAACACCUUCUGGUAUGGAAACAAUACAAGAGGGAUAACGGAAAAGUUCCAAAGAUUACUCUCCAACACGACGCCGGAUCCAUUCGUUACGCAGGAGAACAGGACAAGUACGAUUGGGACCAUUCUUUGUAUUGGGUAUCGCAAAUGUUUGAGAAGAAGUGGUGCCCACAUCCGACGUAUACGAGAGAGCCAGAACCCAAGUCAACGUUCAUGUCCGUCACCACGGCUGUCGCUGCGGCCGGCUAA